CCUAUUCUACCCUCUCCUGAUCCAGUUUUGGCAGUCCGAGUUUAUUACCUCGCGAAACACCAUGACAAUGGUAUUCUUCUUUUCUGCGCCAACUUGGCACUUUUUACUUGUCAUCAUUUACCCCAAAACGAUACGCCAUAUAUCAAAUCUCCAAGUGGUCUUCGAAGUCCCGUCACACUUAGCACCGAUGGAAGUGAGAGCCUCUCCCGAAGGAAGUCCACCUCUCCUCCUUCCGGUUGCUGUGAAUCGACCAAUGCUCCUCCUCCACCGCCAUCUCCUCUUGUUUCUGGCAAGCUUGAUCCUGUGGCGUCUCCUGGGGGUGUCUCCUCCGUGUAAGUCACUUAGUGAAUCUCCCUUCCACAAUCAAUAUAAUCUCAUAUCACGUAGGUGGAGUUGUAUCUGA